AUGAAUAAAGCCUUUGAAGAUCAGCUGGGCAAGAAUGUAGAAGUAUACAUUGACGAUAUGAUCGUAAAGUCGUUUGAUUUGAUGAAGCAUGUCCAGGAUCUCAAGCAUACAUUUCAAAAGCUCAGGAAGUACCGCAUCCGUCUCAACCCAGUAAAAUGUGUGUUUGGGGUACCAUCUGAGAAAUUAUUGGGUUUCAUGCUAACCCAUAGAGGAAUUGAAGCGAACCUUGACAAAUGCAAGGCAAAGGAGGCAAUUGAAGGAUGGAACCCGGCGUGCCAAGCCGCGUUCAAGAAAGUCAAGAAAUGCUUAGCAACUCCACCAGUGCUCUCAAAGCCAAACCCAGGAGACAUUCUAAUCCUGUAUCUAGCAGUGGAGGAGGAAGCAAUAAGUGCUGUGCUGAUCAAAGAAACUAGCGAAGGCCAAGAAUCGAUUUACUUCAUCAGCAGAGCCUUAGAAGGUGCGGAGGUCAAGUAUCAAAAACUAGAAAAAGUGGCUUUCGCGUUGCUGAUCGCGGCCAGAAGAUUGCGGCCGUAUUUUCAAGGACACCAAAUAAUAGUCCAACAAAACAUAACCAUGCCGAUUUUUGUGUUGCUGAUAACCUCGGCACAAGACUGGAGGAAACCCAUAGUGGAUUACCUGGAAAAAGGAAUGUUACCAGAAGAACGUUUGGAAUCUAGAAAGCUGGUCCCAUAUGCGACACAAUAUACGAUUGUGCAUAGUCAGAUGUUUAGAAAGGGUUUGCAUGUACCCAUGCUGAAAUGCUUGAACUCGGAAGAGGCAGAAUAUGUCCUGGCCGAGAUACAUGAAAGAAUCAAUGGUCAUCACAUGGGAGGCAAAGCUUUGGCUAAAAAGGCUCUUCGAGCCGGUUACUACUGGCCGACUAUGCAAGCUGACUCUAAAGAACAUGUUAAGAGAUGCGACAGCUGCCAGAAGCAUGCCAAGCUAAUUCUUUCCCCACCUUUCAAAGCAGCUGAAGGACAAUUAAAAUGGUUGAUCAUAGAAGUAGAUUACUUCACAAAGUGGAUAGAAGCGGAGCCAGUGACGACAAUUACUUCGGCUAGAGUGCAAAGGUUCUUCGAACGGAACAUAAUAUCCAGAUUCAGGAUACCAGCUGAAGUGAUCACUGAUAAUUGA